AUGCAGGCGCUGCGUGUGUGUGUGCAGGUGCCAUGCAACAACGUCACAACAAACAUGCUGCGACUCGGUGACCCUCACAUCGCUGUGGUCCUGACGAGCAGCCCAGGCACGGCCCGCAUCGAUGCACUUAGUGGACGGAGUGAUGCAUCUUUUGAGGCGCUGCAGGGAGCAGGAUGUGUUGACGCAGCCACGACGUGCAUGGAGUGUCACGAUGGCACAGUCAGCUGUGGCUGGUGGAAUAAUUACUUCUCGGAGGCAACAGAGAGAGAGAGGGAGAGAGUGCUGCUGCCGCUGGCGUCGUUGCUGCCUUUUGUGGUCUCCCAUGCCGAUUAUUGUCUGUCCGCUGAUCAUGGGUGGUGUGCCUCCACUAGUGACGUCGUCUGCAGGCAUUUCACAGCACCAAUGAAACACACAUCACGUCGCAUGCUUUGGCUGUGGAUAUGGUGUCGUGCAUGCAGCCGGCAUUAUUUUGCCCGACUCCUUUUCACUGCUUUGCGACAAAUAGAUGCGUCGCCGCCCGAGUCAUUCAAUGCAGCUCCGUGUGUUGUACUGCCAGCACAAUACUCUCGUUUUGUCUGGCGCCUGGCUGACAGUCAAGCACCACUGCGUUGGGACAUGCAAGGAUGUGGACUGCCGCUCACGGUGUUGGGCACCGCUGUUUGGAUGCGGCGGCCACACGAGCGGAUGUAUUGUGGCAGAAUGAAAUGCGUGAAAUACGCGGAAUCACAGUGGCUGCAAUAA